UCGUGUUUAUGCUUUCGUGGCAAUUAUAUCUUAAUAAUUAAAUAUAUUUACAUAUUAUUUCACGUCUGUUGCACAUUUUUAUAAUUUAUUAUUUUUCACAAUUGCAUGUACAAUAAAGAAUCUGAUUUGCUUACGUAGUUCAGAAUAUGAUUGUUAUAUAAAAAAUAACCUUGCUCUAAGAAGGUUAAAUGGUCAGUUGAUAUGACGGAUGCAAUAACCAGAAUACUAAUUUAUCGUGUCUUAUAUAAUAAGUCUGCAAUCUUUAUAUAGACAGAAAGUUAGUACUCUUUAAAGUGUGUAUUAAGUCAAGUAUGUUGCUAUUAAGCUGAAUGGAGAAGACUUAACCUAAGAGUUGAAAUCAAUUAAGUUUAUACUAAAUCAUGUCGCACUAUGAAGAUGUUAUUCUGGAAGCUAAAGAAAAAGAAGAACACUUGCCAGGAGAUUUAGGAGUAAGACAUCGCAUUCCGUGGAGUGAUCGUGUAUUAUUAAAUAGUGAAAUACCUGGUUUACACGAAGUUAAAGAAUUAUUAGAAGAUGAUGAUGCAAGUUGUUUGGCAGAAGAGGAAGAUGGAGCUGGAUGUCCCUUACCCUCAACUCCAGAAGAUGAUCAUCUUUUGGAUUGUGAGAUGACCGAAGUAUUGAAAGCAGGCGUAUUAAGUGAUGAAAUUGAUUUGGGAGCAUUAGCUCAUAAUGCAGCAGAGCAGGCUGAAGAGUUUGUUCGAAAGGUAUGGGAAGCAUCCUGGAAACAAUGUCAUUUUAGAAAUCUGCCAAGAUGGUUGCAAGAUAAUGAUUUCUUGCACGCCGGCCACAGGCCACCAUUACCCUCGUUUUAUGCGUGCUUUAAAAGUAUUUUUCGAAUUCAUACUGAAACUGGUAAUAUCUGGACACAUUUGCUAGGCUGCGUUGCCUUUAUUGGUAUAGCUAUAUUUUUUCUAACACAACCUCCUAUAGAAAUUCAAUUGGAAGAAAAAUUGGUAUUUGGUACCUUCUUUGCUGGUGCUAUAAUUUGCCUAGGAAUGUCGUUUGCCUUUCACACAGUUCAUUGCCACAGCGAAUGUGUUGGAAAGCUAUUUUCAAAGUUAGAUUAUUGUGGCAUAGCUAUGCUUAUUAUGGGUAGUUUUGUACCAUGGCUUUAUUACGGAUUUUAUUGCGACUAUCAACCUAAACUAAUUUAUCUGUCUGUGGUGGUUGUCCUUGGUAUAACCAGUAUCGUUGUAUCAUUGUGGGAGCGAUUUGGUGAACCAAACUAUCGUCCACUUAGAGCAGGAGUUUUUAUGGGAUUUGGGCUUAGUGGGGUAAUACCAGCGGUACAUUAUGCUGUCGCCGAAGGUUGGUUCAAGGCGAUUAGUCAAGCAUCCCUUGGAUGGUUAAUACUAAUGGGAUGUUUGUAUAUAUUAGGUGCAUUAUUUUAUGCUUUAAGGGUACCUGAACGUUUCUUUCCAGGAAAAUUUGAUAUUUGGUUUCAGAGUCACCAAAUCUUCCAUGUACUAGUAAUUGCAGCUGCUUUUGUUCAUUACCAUGGUAUUACAGAAAUGGCAAUGCAUAGAAUGACAAUAGGCGACUGUACAAAUCCGUCGCAAGUGUUAGCUUUUUAAAUCUGCAGGCGUAUAUCCUCAUCUUGUUGAUAAAUUUCAUCUCAUUACAUAACCGAUACAGAAAAAGACUUCAAGGAUUCCUAAAUCUUACGCCUUAGUGAAUCUGUGCUAUUUACUGUAAGUAUGAUAUAUGUUGUAAAGUAGAAUAUGCAGGAAAAAUAAUUAAAGGAUGAUCGCAAUGGGUUUCAAUGAUAUAAAACCGAGAAGAAAGUGAUUUUAUAUUUAAAAAAUAAAAUAUAAAAUCAAAUUUUUUAUCGAAGACCACUGUUAAAGAAAUUGAUUUUGAAAAACUAAUUUUUUGUGUUUUCAUAAAUUUGCACGAUUUCCCACGUCGUUAAAUUUAUCUCGGCGAUGAUCAUCAAAAUUACGUCUUUCCGGUUAUCCUACUCAUUGCAGGAUAUCUUUGUAUAUGCAUAAGAAUAUAUUUAAUUUCAAUUUAUCAUAGGAUAUACUUUAAAAUAUUGCCUAUUUAAUUUUUCGAAUAGUUUUAAGAAUAUAAAUUACGAUGAAAAUAUCUUGAAAACAAUCUUCACGAUCG